AUGGUUUCCAAAUUUAGGUCAGGAAGUCACAUCCUGAUUUACGGAUUCAAUACUAACAACAAGGAAUCAUUGAAUAAAUUCGUUGACGCCUUUAACGAAUCGUACAAUCAUCUGUACCUAACUUCCAACUGGAAUGAUUUGAAAAAGUUUGUAAAUGAUUCUUUUGUGGCGCUCGAGUCGCUUACACAGGAUGAGUACUCCCGGAAUUCUGAAAGUUUAUUGAUAAACAAUUUUAACACGUUGUCCACUAUUAACUGCUCCUUAAAUGUUGACGAUUCUAUGUUAAGUUUCGCCUCAAACAAUGACCUUUUGUAUUCAAACAUCUUGUGCGAGUUUGACAAUGCAGUCGAGAGUCUUAUUCAGCUGGGAAUUGUUCAUUACUACCUGAGGAUUGAAAUGAAUAGGUACAUCGUGGACAACAUAGGAGGACUCGGCAAGAUAAGAAAAACAAGGUGCCACAACGUGUACCGAGAUUUAUACUGCAGGGGUAUUUACAUAUAUGAUUUUGCGCCAGUUGAUGGGCCAGGGAUAAUUCGUCACGUAGUUGAAUACUGGAAGAACCAGAUAGAUUUGGAAGUGUGGUCGCUCCUGGUGAAGAUACUGGUUAACGUGGACUCUAUAUACAACCUGAUCAACAAAAUAGAUUCUAUGCCUUUAUCGCUGAGACUAAAGAUGUUCUUCAGAGUGACGUUUAUGUUCAAUCACAGCUCACUGUCAGUCAUGGACCCGAGAACGAUGGACAUAUCGGAGGGGUGUUGGGACCGCUUUGAACAGAAUUUCGAAAGCGCCGAGUCAGUUGAUAGCAUGGAGUCGACAAACGCAGUUUACAGUCGCCUGAAUGACAAAAAAUCACUUGAAAAAGUGCUCGAAAGUAUUUCUAAAACGUACAUAGUAUCGCACGUGUUCUCGUCCAGCUUCAAUUUUCAGUGUUUCUUCAUCGAGGGCAUGCUGUUGUUUUCACAGCUGUGCAAAGACUUCUACCACGAAGUCUUCUCGCGGGUCUACUCGAUUCUGUUCGACGUACUCCAGAUUUUCGUAAGCAUUAACUUCUACUAUCGGUACUAUAACAAGAAGGAGAUGACAAAUAAGCUGUUGUACGGGUGCCUCGGGCUGUGUAAACUGUAUUUUAAGCACUAUAACUUCAUACCUCCAGUACUCCAGUUGGUGUACAACCAGCACAGGAGGGACAUGAUGAUGAAUUCGGUGUGGUUCGAGAGCUUGAUGCCGGUGUUCUCAAAGGACUCCUCACUGGUCUCGAACUUUAAAAAUCCCAUUCUGGGCUUCUGUAAAAUAUCGGCAGUGCUGAAGUCAGACCUGGAGUACAACUUCCUGUUUCACGCCUCAAACAGCUUUGACUUCGACCCGCAGUACUACGAGUACUUUGUAAUGAACCCGAACACACAAAUUAACGACAGCAACUACCCCGUUCAAUUUCAUUUGAAUUUUACAACGUUGGAGCUGCUGAGGUUCAAGGGGCGGUCGCCGACUAGAAGUGGCGAGUUCGGAACCCUAGUGAUCAAUGGAACAAAAAUAUCGAAAUUUAACGAAUCGCAGGACGCUUAUAACCACACGCACUUCAUGCGGUCACUCUACAAUAUGUCGAGUAACGCGAGGAUAACAAACGUAACGAGGAUAAAGUACCUAAGAAGGUACUACGGUCUGUACUUUAGGACCAAUUACGACGGGAGUUGGGUGUCGAGACAGUACCCAGAUAAGAUCUUGGUGAUCGUGAUCUCGUGCUGCUUCAUGAUGGAUGACAUCUACAGCUUCAUACACUACUCGCAGUCGCUGGAGUACCUGCAGUACAAGGACACACUCAAGAGCAAGAACAGGGCGAUCGUGAGGACGCUGCUGCCGUUCGUGCCAAACAGGUCCUCGAAGGACGCGAAGAAAAUACUGCUCUUCCAGAAGCACAUUAAAAAGAGGCUUAGGUUUAGCCUGAUGUACUCGAAGAACUUCAUGCCCUUCAUUCCAAACCUAAACAAGAAUCACAGGCCGCUGUCGAAGUUCAUCUUCAAAUCCGAGCCUAAGCCGAAGUGUGAAAUAUAUUUGAACGAGAGCGAGGAGGGAGGGACGAAGAUAUCCUUUAAAAUCACGGUAACCAGGGACAUACGCUCUUCGCCCUCAGCGCUUGGUGUUAAGAGCCUGAAGAACCCGCUGCUGAGCUCGUCGAAGGCGUCCUACGGACAUCACCACAAUCACGCCCAUUUCAGGAACAACAGGGCCAACAGGAGGUCGAUUUCGAGGUACAACACGAACCUGAACGCGUUCUUGAACACACACGCCACUGGAGAGAACAUAGACAACAACAGGUUCUUCGGGUCAGGCUCGAAGUGCAUCCACUCGUCAAUGGGAUCGUCAUUCAAGGCUUGCAACUUUUGCAACAACUUGAACAACUUCAGGCACAUCAGUCACCUUUUGCACCUGAUUGACCUGCUAAGCCACCACCUGUUCACGCUGAACCUGUCGUGUGGCCUCGACUACUCCCUGCACUUCAGAAACACGACGCUGAGGGAAGCGGGCUGUCCCAAGCUCUCGGAUCAAACGCACAACGUGACGGUGAAUACAGGGGAUCUGGCCUCGAGAUUCUCAGACAUCAUAUCGCAAAUCGACAGGACGUUUAGCUCCACGUACUCCAAUUAUCACUUCAAGGGGCAGUACCCAUUUAGAAUUUUAAACGAAAUAAUGGAGAAUACGGUUCUGUUAUCGCUGUCCACGGUGUUUCACGAAAAGUAUUACAAUCACCUGCUUUCAAGGCUCGCAAUAUAUAACCUGGUCAAGGGGAGGUUUAACAUAGCAGUCACGCUGAUUAAAAGAACGCUAUCGGAUAGCAACAUGUACAACAUAAACUACGGAGCCAGCGACAGCCACCUGAAGGAGAAUUAUCUCUGCGAAAUAGAUAGGCGCUUCAAGAUACAGAUCCUGAGUAAAAUAUAUAUUGAGCUCCUGAACGACUUGCAUUCAUUCAGAGAGCUGUUUGCGUGUACCGAUUCGAAAACUGAAUCAGAAGCGAAAGACGAAACCAGCAGAGCAGAAGUAAAAACUGGAUGCAGCCUAGAUGGAAACACACGAGAACACAACAAGGAUGGGCAUGAAGCACAUGAGGAGUACUAUUUCGGUUACAGAAUGGGUCUGAUGAAAGCGUUUGCACACCUGAAGGAGGCCUCCUCUAAGCUCAUGGAGUCCCUGUCAAUACUCGAUUCAAGUUACAGGAAGAUGGCGUGUGACAUGCCGGGAGGGGAGAGUUACAGGCAGCUGUUUGCAAACACCGCAAUGCCACUUGAAGGAGAUGCGUACCGGCGUGCACUGGAGAGGGCGACCGAGAGCCUGUUGCGUACCGUAUCGCUGGACCCCCUGGACCACAAGGCCUGGUACUACCUGGCGCAGUGCAGCCUCUACUCCAACGACCUGCACUUCGCACACGGGUGCUGCAAACGCUCCAUCGAGUGCUUCGACUCGUGUGUGGCCUCGUGGAUAACCAGGGUCAUCUGCUGCAGCGCCCGCGUGAGGACGUGCGCGCCCUUCCACACAAACGACGAGCACUGGGAAGAGUACGUGGUAAAACGGUCGUUUGAAAACUCAGUUUCGUUCGUGUCGCUGCCGUCACCCUUUGAGCCACUGCUGCCCCUGCACAUUAGCAGCUUCGAGGGCCUCGAAUCGCACUUCAAGAAGUGCGUCGGGGACGAUAACGAAAACUGCAUGUUCACCCUGAGGUCUCUGGAGAACCACGGCAACGUUUACGUGGCGAGCGCCAUACUGCAGCUCGUAACCAGGAACAGCGCCAGCUUUAACGCGUUCUUCCCGUGGGAACUCCCCUACCUGGGGGCCGCGCAGCCAAAGUACAGACACGGGCUUUCUCAGAACUACGAUACGACGCUCCCUGGCACGCCUAGGGGCGACCGCUUCUCGGCUGAAUUCACCUCCAGCGUCAAGAGGAUGGUCUCAAGCUCAGUCGAAAGCAACUACCCGGUCUGCGCGGUGCCCUUCAUCAACCUCGUCCUGGAGACGUUUUUGAAUAAGCAGUUCAACCUGCAGUGCAGGCACCACGCCGACAGGCUUUUCUCCUACAACUCGGGCGUGUUGUCGCAGAGUUUCCUGGAGGAGGAGCUCUACGGCUGGGCCACGUGCAUAGAGUGUCUGGCCCAGAUCGGCGAGGCCGAACUAUCGCAAAUCCUGCUGCCAGUUUUGGAGCUGUAUCUGGAGUACUACUCUCUGGACAAAAAUCGGAAGCGCGCCGAAAAGAACGUGUGCAGAAGCCUCCAUUUCAACAGAAACGACAAGAAGCUGGUCCGGAGCUUCUUCUCAGACGAGCCAGUGGGCUCGACUGAUUUCAUGCUGGAGUCCAAGUACCUCACGGUGUACACGUGGUGCUAUAACACUGGCGGCUCUGCUGACUCCCUUAAGAGCCUUUUGCAACACGUGCGGAAUGGCAACUCGCGGGGCAACUACACGAAGUUCGUCCUCCUCGAGAACAGGCUGCUGGUGGGCCUGAAGGAGUACGAAAAAUCCGUUCAGCUCUCGAAUCAGCUGCACAGAAACGCGAUGAAGAUCUCCCAAAGCACCGAUUUUGACUUGGAGUACCGCAGCCUUCUUGCCUUCGCACACUCGCUCAAAAUGGUGGGAGAGGCCGACAAAUCGAAAACGGUUGGCGACUUCGCGCAUCAGAUGCACAUGACCACCCCUGUUCUGAAGCUGGACCUUUGUCUAAACAUACCGCUGUAA